AGCUAAGGUGUGUUUUCAUUCGUAAAUUCUUAAUCUUAAUACAUUUCAGUAUUCAGUGGAAAUUCGCCUGUUCUUUACAAAACUGCUUGCCUUAUUUUACCCAUAAUGUCUACUGAUUUAAAUGCGAGUUUCAAUGAGCAGUUCAUGAACAUAAACACCAAAUUGAAAAAGCGUUUCUUAAGGAAGCCGAAUAUUUCUGAAGCUACCAACGAGUUUAUAGCGCUAGCUAUCCAAUGCGAGUACUCCGAGCAACCUACAUUUGCUGGACAUUGCUAUAUUGGUGCAGCCAAGUGCGAAGCGUCUGUGGGCAAUUUUUUAGGCGAAGCAGAGUAUCUAGUGACUGCAGCAAGACAGUUUAUGAAGGCAGAGAAAAAAUUACGUUCGCUAAAGUUUUGUAGUCCUGAUAGAGAAAAUCUAGAGGCAGCCAUCGGGUGCUUCACCCAAGCCCUGACCAAGUAUCCAGACAGGUCCUCAAUCCGCCUGUCCCUACUGAGUGAGCUGGCAGCUGACCUCGUAACAUUGAACCUUAAGUGUGAAGCGGUAUCCUACUAUGAACAAGCACUGGCUUUAGUACAAGACACAAACAUGAGGAUCAUGUUUGUGAGGAAUUAUAUUAAUCUGCUUAUUGACUGUGGAAAAUAUGAUAUAGCCUUAGAAAAAGCAAAUGAACUGGUGGACUUCAAUGUGAAUCUACCAGAAGAUGUUCUUGCAGAAAUCCAACUAAGCCGAAUACUCCUUUCCCUUUAUAUGGACCCAAAAGGUGAUGCAAAGGUGGAAUCCCUGAAACAACUGUUCACUGAUAUACUUAAUGAUGCUGACAGUGAUGCAAUACCAUUCAACAUAGACCUACGGCUUAAACUCCAGUCAGCCAUCUUGUCCCACGUGACCCGCGACGCGCAGGCGCUCGCGCGCGCCGCCUGCGAGCUGCGGCCCGCGCUCGCGCCCGCGCACCACGACCUGCUCACGCUUGUCGCUACGACCAUGAAGUGAACCAUAAAGAAACUGUAUGUCUUAAGAUAUAAGGCUGUUUUUGGUUAAGCUAUAUCAUCGCGUUUAUGGCAGCAAUCGUCUCCGAGCUU